AUGGCCUCUAAAUUUAUCUCAAGAAGUUUGGUUAUAGUCUCCCUUCUAAUAUCCCUAGCCCUGCCAUCCACUCUUGGAGGGAUAGACUGUGAGAAUCUAAGCACAGAAAAAUGUUCAUUUGCUGUUUCAUCUAGCAGCAAAAGGUGCGUCCUCGAGAAACACGUGAAAAGAACUGGAGAAGAAGCAUACACAUGCAAAACAUCAGAGAUAGAAGCUGAUAAACUAAAAGAUCACAUUGAGAGCGACCAAUGUAUCAAAGCUUGUGAUUUAGACAGAAAAUCACUUGGAAUUUCAUCAGACUCACUUCUGGAAUCUCGUUUCACAGAGAAGCUAUGUUCUCCACAGUGUUACCAGAGUUGUCCAAAUAUUGUUGAUCUUUACUUCAAUCUAGCAGCGGGUGAAGGUGUGUUUCUUCCUAAGUUGUGUGAAGUGAAAGGUGGAAAUGCUCGUCGUGGAAUGGCGGAAUUGAAAAGCUCUAGUUAUGUGGCACCAGGACCUGUGCGUUCAGUGGAGUUUGCAGCUUCAUCUCCACAGCCAAUAGGGUAUGUGGAGUUUGCAGCUUCAUCUCCACAACCAAUAGGGUAUGUGGAGUUUGCAGAUGAACCUGUGGUUGCUCCAUCAUAUCCACCAUACUAA